UAAUCUAUGGUAUACUAGUAAAAUGGCGUAAAUUAGUUUGCUUGUAUAAUUACAUUUUUAUAAAUAUUAAACAAAAUAUUUAGUGUUUCUAGCUGAUAGUGUAGAUUAAUUUUCAAAAAUGGGAGUUCCUGCAUUUUUCAGGUGGCUGAGCAGAAAAUAUCCUUCUGUAAUAGUUCAUUGUGUUGAGCAAAAGCCGGUGGACGUGAACGGAACCAAAAUACCGGUGGAUUCUUCGCAGCCAAACCCUAAUGGAGUCGAAUUUGAUAAUUUGUAUUUGGACAUGAAUGGUAUAAUUCAUCCUUGUACUCAUCCGGAAGAUAGGCCUGCACCUAGAAACGAAGACGAAAUGAUGGUUGCUAUUUUCGAGUGUAUCGACAGACUUUUUAGAAUUGUACGGCCUAGAAAAUUGUUGUAUAUGGCUAUUGACGGUGUAGCUCCUCGAGCUAAAAUGAAUCAACAAAGAUCUCGGCGUUUCCGAGCUUCCAAGGAGACGGUGGAAAAAAUUAACGAAGUCAAUAGGGUUAGGGCAGAAUUACUUUUGAAAGGGGCGAAGUUACCUGCAGAGAAACCAAAAGAAGACCAUUUUGAUUCUAACUGUAUCACACCAGGAACACCUUUUAUGGCCAGACUAUCUGAUUGUCUUCAUUAUUAUAUACACGAUCGUUUGAAUAAUGAUCCUGGUUGGAAUGGGAUUAAAGUUAUACUAUCAGAUGCUAAUGUACCUGGAGAAGGAGAACAUAAGAUAAUGGAUUACAUUCGCAGGCAAAGAGCACAGCCUGACCAUGAUCCAAAUACACAGCAUUGCUUAUGUGGAGCUGAUGCUGAUUUAAUAAUGUUAGGACUAGCAACUCAUGAACCUAAUUUUACUAUAAUUAGGGAAGAAUUCAAACCAAACAAACCAAGGCCAUGUGACAUCUGUGGACAAACAGGACACGAUUUAAAGGACUGCAUUGGAUCAGCACCUGAUGUACAAGAGACGCAAACAUUUAGUUCUGAACAGGACUUCAUUUUUGUUCGGCUAUGUGUCCUUCGAGAAUAUUUAGAACGAGAAUUGGCGAUGCCUAAUUUACCUUUUAAAUACGAAUUUGAAAGAGCUCUCGAUGAUUGGGUUUUUAUGUGUUUCUUUGUGGGAAACGAUUUCCUACCUCACCUACCCAGUCUCGAGAUUCGUGAAGGUGCUAUUGAUCGUCUUGUAAGACUGUACAAAGACGCCGUAUAUAAAACAGGAGGUUGGUUGACCGACAGCGGGGAAGUUAAUUUGGAUCGUGUGCAGCUUAUCAUGAAUGAGUUAGGAAAAGCAGAAGAUGAAAUAUUCAAGAAAAGGCAACAGAAUGAGCUUGCCUUUAAAGCCCGAGAGAAAGCAAAGAAGAGACGUACGGAAUUCAACCAGUUUAGGCCUGAUUGGAGACUGGUAAACGAUACUCAGUUUGCACCAAAAAGAAUCAAUGAAGCUUCUCCAGUUUUAAACGCCAGGCAGGAGGCGUUCGAGAUUCGAAAGGCAGGCAUGCACACAAGUGCUGGGGUGCAAACAUUAUUGAGGACAUCUAGCGAACCUGCAGAUUUAGACAAACAGGAUCGAAGGGGUGUUAAAAGGCCUUUGGAGGAUGAUGAUGAAGACGAUGACCAAGUUCACGAUGAAGUUCGAUUAUGGGAGGAUGGCUUCAAAGAUCGGUAUUAUGAAUCGAAGUUCGACGUAACACCCAAUCAACAUGACUUUAGAUAUAGUGUUGCCCUUCACUAUAUAAGAGGUCUUUGUUGGGUGCUGAAGUAUUACUAUCAAGGCUGUGCUUCAUGGAAAUGGUAUUACCCAUACCACUAUGCCCCCUUUGCCUCUGAUUUUGUCAAUAUUGCUGGACUUAGUACAGAAUUUGAAAGCGAUACACAACCAUUCAGACCUCUGGAACAACUAAUGGGAGUUUUUCCGGCUGCCAGUAGGAAACAUGUUCCCGAACCAUGGUCUGAGCUUAUGACAGAUCCAGAUUCUCCUAUAAUUGACUUCUAUCCUGAGGAUUUUAAGAUCGAUCUGAAUGGUAAAAAAUUCGCUUGGCAGGGAGUCGCACUUUUGCCUUUUGUAGACGAAAAGAGACUUUUUAAGGCACUGGAGCCUUAUUACAGUAAAUUGACUCACGAGGAGAUUCGUCGUAAUAUACGGGGAGAUGACAGACUUUACGUAUCAAAACGUAAUCCGUCUUACAAAUUCGUUAUGGGUCUUUAUCAACAAAACGUCUCAUCGACCAUUGAAUCAGCUUUCGCCUACGAAGGAAUUCGUGGUACUGUACUGGUCACGGAACAGUGCGUCACAUUAGGGGGUGUUUUGCAUUCUCCAGUGAAAGGCUUAACGACGAUAAUGCAUAAUAGUGUAAUGUGUGUCAAUUUCCGUGAUCCAAAGUAUCCUAGGGGAUUCAUAUUUCCUGCAAAAGCAUUAAAAGGAGCACAGCCACCCGCCAGGGUUCUUAAACCGCAAGAUUUAGAUGCGGCAAACAGUAGAAAUUGGAGGCCCACUAUUGGAAUGGUUCCUUCAAAUAAAAGUGUGACUUUGGAUUCUGCUGGUCAUCGAAUGUUGGGACAUUUCACAAGAGCUGACCGAGGACCAUAUUCCAAUGUUCCACCUCCUCCGUCUAUAGCGAGAAAUUCCAGAAAUUUCCGUCAACAUGAUCAUCAAGGUUUUCAACAGUCCCGAAAGUACGAUGUGCACCAGAAUCAAGCGUCUCUUUACAAUUAUGUCGCGAACUCUUACUCCUCUUUGAAUAAUUUUGCAAAUCAUCAAAGUGGAGGAAAUUAUCAAAGUGAUAACACUAGCACGAAUAGUAAUAGAUACGGAUCGAAUACUAAUAAUAGCUAUAAUAGUAGUAGGGGCAGCAGUAGACCGUCUUCUAAUUAUUAUUCGUUUCGACCCCCUUAUCAUAAUAAUAACAAUAAUGGUGGCAACAGUGGUUCUGACGAAGGCAGGGCCAGAUACGGAGAUAGGAGACCAUCAGAACCCUACAGAGGUAGGCACGAGACGUCCAACAACCGAUUCAACUACAAAAGAUAGACCUUUUUUUUUACAUUUGAUAAAAGUAAGUUGUACUUUUUCCCUUUCAUUCUUUUAGUUACUUUUUCUCACAUAUAAUGCAGUAAUUUUAAUUUGAAACAUAUCGACCAUACGAUGUGUUUGGUGUUUGAAACAGCUACGAAUGUAUUUUUCUAUGAAAAAAUAUUUUAUUUUAUAUAACUCGUAAUAUAAUAAUAACAGCAAUUUUUAGACGUAUGUAAAAAUUGGCGCCACAAACUGUAAUUAAGUCAAAUAAAAUGGAAAUGGCACUAGAAUUAAAA